AUGCCUUCAGUCGCCCAAAGUCACCCUCCUUCUGGGCCCUCUGCCCCUCUCGACAACCCGAUCUCCUCCACCAACGCCUCCUCUCCCACUCCAUUUCACGUCGCAAUCAUAGGCGGCGGCAUAACCGGCAUCAACCUUGCCCUCGGCCUUGAACACCGUGGAGUCCUUUACACGAUCUACGAGCGCUCCCCUGGCUUUCGCGAAAUUGGCGCUGGCAUCGGUUUCUCCCCCAACGCCGAAGAGGCCAUGAAGCUGCUUAACCCGGAAGUCUACCACGCCUACAAGCGCACCGCUAACCCGAACGGCGAAGACAAGUUCCAGUGGAUCAACGGUCUCAACGACGAGCUGCUGUACUCCCUUCCCGUGGGGAAGGACGGAUUCCUAGGCUGCAGAAGAUCCGAGAUUCUGGAGGAGUGGGGGAAGCUUGUCCCGCCAGAGAAGAUCAAGUUCAACAAGACCGUCGAAACAGUUCUCGAGCCAGGCGACGAAGGGUACAACCCCGACGAGGACGCCAAAGGGAAGAUCCUGCUUAAGUUCACCGACGGCACAGUUGACACCGCAGACAUCGUCAUCGGCUGCGACGGCAUCCGCUCCAAGCUGCGCAACCACGUCCAGUCCCAUCUCUAUCCUUCUUCGUCUUCCGGGCCAGGGCGUGCUGUAGCAAAAGCAGGCUACACCCACAAGUUCUGCUACCGCGCCCUAGUCCCCAUGUCCCGCGCCGUCGAGGCCGUAGGCCAGUACCGUUGCUCAACAAGAUUCAUGUACAACGGCCCGGGCGCGCACAUCAUAACCUACCCCAUCGGCAACAACUCCGUGCUAAACAUGCUAGCCGUCAUCAGCGACCCCAACGAGUGGCCUGAUGAGAAGAGACAUGUCCUGCCUGGAAACAAGGAGGAUAUCCGCCAGGCCUUUAAAGGAUGGCACCCCACUGCGGAAAAGCUCGCUGAACUGUUCCCGGAACAAAACGAGGGGGGAGAUGGACCAAUCGUCAAAUGGGGAAUCUUCGACACCUACGACUUUCCUCUUCCUCAGUAUUACGCUGGUCGAGUAGCCGUAGCCGGCGACGCAGCCCACGCCACGGGGCCGCAUCUGGGGGCCGGAGGCGGGCUGGGAAUCGAGGAUGCGCUGGUCCUGGCGGAGUUAUUGGGAAAGGUCCCCGAGCUACAAGGCUCAAACUUGCAGGCACGGGAAGUGGACACGGAGAUGAUUCUCGAGCGGGUACUCUACGUAUACAACGACUUCAGGUAUGCAAGGACCCAGAAAGUUGUGGCCUGGACAAGAGAUGCGGUUGAUUUGUUUCAGUGGAAGGAUGAAAGGGUGGCGAAGGACGGGAAGAAGUUUGGAAAGCUGGUCAAGAAGAAGUUUCAUCACGUUUGGUUUGAUUUGGAUUUGCAAGAGAUGAUGAACUGGAACAUGCCGAAGGGGAUGCUCGAAAUGGCGGUGCUUGAAGUGGCGUUGGCGCCAACUGUAAAGGGGGCGAGGGAAUUUUUGGGGAUUGGGAGUGGAUCAGACGGGUCGGAUGAGGAUGCCGAGUGGUGA